AGCAGGGACAGUAGUUCUCAAAUCCACUGUUUCUUUUUAGGUACCGCGAGAGGACGCGUUCGCGUCUCCAGCUUAAUUAGUUACCCGCCCACUUUCGCUCGGACCCCUCACCGUAAACACAGUCGUUCUUCACAACAAGCCAAAACAGUAAACACCAGCAUGAGUUCUCCUCCUCGACCCAGCAUGUCUGCUGCCAACCGGGGUGUGGGCGCAGGCCCUAGCAGCGGGCGCAACAAGCGUUCACGAGACGACGACGAUUUAUCUUCUCCAGCUGCGCACCCGCCAUCAAGUCCAUUCGCGUCGUCUCCCCCUCUCAUACCCCAGGACGACGACGCCUUGGACGAGGAUGAUAUUCUUCGCGACGUUGACGAUUUGGACGAAGAUGCCGAAGAAGCAGAAGGAAUCGAUCUGUUUGGCGACGCAGGGUUUAUCCCUGGUUUUGAUGCGGAAAGAGAGGAGGAAUUGGCCAGAUACAAUACUUACGAGGAGACUGGAAUCGAUGAUGAAGAUUACGAAGCCAUGGACGAUGCCACGAGGCGUAAACUGGAACGACAGAUGGCCGCCCGGGAUCGUGAGGUUGCUGAAAGACGGCGUAUGCCUGCAGCUUUCUUGCCCGACGAGGAGGGCGAUUUGGGCGAGCUUAUGAAACAGGGACGCAGGCGACGAAACCGAUACGAUGAAGAGCAAGAUGAUAUGGACAUGGAUGCAAACAUUAUGAACGAGGAGCUCACGUUGGAAGCAAUGACAGACGUCAAGGCGAACACCCUGACAGAAUGGGUGUCACAGCCCGCCGUUGCCAAAACCAUUGCUCGCGAGUUCCAGUCGUUUCUUACCGAGUUUGUCGAUGAUAACGGAAUCUCAGUAUAUGGUAACCGAAUUCGCACUUUGGGUGAAAUCAAUGCAGAGUCUCUAGAAGUCUCAUUCGACCAUCUAGCGGAGUCAAAGGCCACCUUGGGUUACUGGGUUGCCAACACACCUACUGAAAUGCUCAAGAUCUUUGAUCAGGUUGCGAUGGAGGUUGUGCUGCUCCACUACCCGGACUACGAACGAAUUCACUCCGAAGUUCACGUUCGAAUUACUGACAUUCCGGUACAAUACACUUUACGCCAACUUCGACAAUCGCAUUUGAAUUGCUUAGUCCGCGUCAGUGGUGUUGUAACACGACGCAGCGGAGUGUUUCCACAACUAAAGUACGUCAAGUUUGAUUGUGUCAAGUGCGGCACCACUCUAGGUCCUUUCCACCAGGAUUCGAAUGUAGAGGUCAAAAUCUCUUUUUGUCAGAAUUGCCAGUCCCGCGGGCCAUUCACUGUAAACUCCGAGAGAACAGUGUAUCGCAAUUAUCAGAAACUUACACUCCAAGAAUCCCCUGGCACGGUUCCAGCUGGUCGUCUGCCGCGACAUCGAGAGGUCAUCCUUCUCUGGGAUCUCAUCGACACAGCUAAGCCCGGAGAAGAGAUUGAAGUGACAGGUGUAUACCGCAACAAUUACGACGCAGCAUUGAACAACAAAAACGGUUUCCCGGUAUUUGCGACGAUUAUUGAGGCCAACUAUAUCGUCAAGUCACACGACCAGCUGGCUGGUUUCCGUCUUACAGAGCAAGAUGAAGCCGCCAUCCGCACUCUAGCGAAGGACCCGAAGAUCGUCGAGAAACUGAUCAAUUCCAUAGCGCCGAGUAUAUACGGGCACACUGACAUCAAAACUGCGGUCGCACUUUCUCUAUUUGGCGGUGUAAGCAAAGAAGCACCUGGCCGUCACUCAAUCCGUGGAGAUAUAAACGUACUUCUACUGGGAGACCCUGGAACCGCCAAAUCUCAGGUGCUGAAGUAUGUGGAGAAGACGGCCCAUCGAGCUGUUUUUGCCACCGGUCAAGGUGCUUCUGCGGUCGGUCUCACCGCCUCUGUCCGUCGGGACCCCAUGACCAGUGAAUGGACGCUUGAGGGAGGUGCGCUCGUGCUUGCGGACAAAGGUACUUGUCUUAUUGACGAGUUCGACAAAAUGAACGACCAGGAUCGAACGUCUAUACAUGAAGCUAUGGAGCAACAGACAAUAUCCAUUUCCAAGGCUGGUAUUGUUACAACCCUCCAAGCCCGCUGCUCCAUCGUAGCAGCUGCCAACCCGAUUGGUGGUCGAUACAAUUCCACGAUACCCUUUUCACAGAAUGUUGAGCUCACCGAGCCAAUCUUAUCUCGAUUUGAUAUUCUGUGUGUAGUGCGCGACACUGUCGAUCCGAGCGAAGACGAACGGCUUGCCAAUUUCGUCGUGAACUCACAUGGUCGUGCUCAUCCACGCAACAACUCAGGGUACGCAUACCCUAGUGGAGCAAAAGAUGGUGCAGCAUCUGUUGCUGAAGACAAUAUGGAUAUCGAUCAGGAAGAGAAGAGAAAGGUGGAGCAAGGCGACGCCAUUCCUCAAGACUUGUUGAGGAAGUACAUAUUGUAUGCAAGGGAGAAGUGCAGACCCAAACUGUAUCAGAUCGAUCAAGACAAAGUUGCCCGUCUCUUUGCGGAUAUGCGAAGAGAGUCCAUGGCUACCGGCGCCUACCCUAUCACAGUUCGUCAUCUUGAAGCGAUCAUGCGUAUUUCAGAGGCUUUCUGCAAGAUGCGACUAUCCGAGUUCUGUUCAUCACAGGAUAUCGAUCGUGCCAUUGCUGUCGCAGUCGACUCGUUCGUCGGCUCGCAAAAGGUCAGCGCGAAGAAGGCGCUUGCGAGGGCAUUCGCCAAAUACACGCUCAACAGACCUGGGGCGGUUAAUCCAACAAAGUCCGGCAGACAAAGCAGUAGAGUUGCAGCAUAG